AUGGCCGAUCGGCGAAAGCUGCGACAAGCCCAACGUGAGAGGCUCCGGAACCACCAUGCGGGGGUCGCCUUGCAGGGGCGACCGCAGAGCCGGACCAGCUCCAGCAGUGUGGCCGACGUUGCUGCCUUAGAGCUUCCCACCUCGGAAGCUCAGGCCUUGAAGUUGCGAGCCUUCCGGGUGGAUUUGGAGGCGCGGGGCUUGGUGGGUGGCUUGACCCUCGAGGAGCAAGCGGCGCUGGAGCCGGUGGAGGUGUCGCGGGUCUGGUUGGAAUCCGGGUGGACCCGGUCAUUGGUGGCCUGUUUGGAACUGGCACCCGAGGCGUCGGCAGAGAAGCUGCCGGUGCAGUUGAAGCGACCAGACGAGGCCGGUCGCCUGGGUGGCUUCUCUUUUCGUUUCCUGUCCAUGAUGGAGGGUAUGUGUGAUCAAGCUUUGAUCCGAAUCUUCGGGACCCGUGCGGCUGGAGCUCUGCCUUCUUCGACUCAGGCGGCGCCAGCACGGGGAGCUGUAGGUGAGCUGCUGACUGCGCCAGGACAGGGGGGGUCAAAGAAAGAGGGUUAA